AUGAACCCCCAACAGAAUAGUUUUAUACCGCGUCAACCUACCCAACCUGAACUUGUUCCCGUUGGGCAAUCUUACAGUCAACAAACCUACGAACCCAAUCAUAUGUGUUCAGUUUGCGGUCACGUUCACACAUGUCAAGAUUGUCAUCGCAUACUGCAAUUCCGUCAAGCUUUGGAACCUCAAGAAACAAAAUACAUGGAACCCGUAAUUUUGAACACCGCUAAAAAAAUGGCCAGGAAAUUUAGAAGGACGGAGACCGAUCCUUACUCAAGAAUCAACGUGCCUAAAAAUGUGGGAAUUUCACAAGACGAUAUUUUAGAACGUACCAUUCAAAAUCCAGCUCUCAGUAUAACGGACAUUGUUAAUCAGAUCAUCAAGGAAAAUGAGGAGACUCGCACCAGUGAAGAUUUCUCACUACCCCCACAAAACAUAUUGAGUUUUGGAACUGGUGAUGGAUCGAUUGCACCUUCGUCAAGCCAACAGAUUAUUAGUACCGAGAAAACAACAACUACUACUCAAACACCUACUACAAUACCACCCAUAAUGUCUUCUGCGACACCUUCCUCAACACCUUUUAUACUCACGGAUCCCAGUUUAGGCUUUAAAAAAGCAACCAUAAAGUAUGCUCUACCUAGGCAACCUUCCGCAGCUAAAAAACCGCUUCCCAAUCCAGUGACUCCAAAUCUGAAAAUGGCCAGUGGUGGCGUGUUAUCAGAAAUGGGUGUCUUUUUCAAACGAUUAUGGGGAUGGUAUUAG